UCACGGACUGUGCUGAGCUUCUGUGUUACACACAGGGAUUAUAAUGCCUUCUUUCAUUCACCCCAUAACUCCAUCUGACCUUCGAGCUGUGACUAAUCCAAUUAGUACAAAAAGAGGGGGGCUCACCAAAUCAUACAAUGGGUGCUACUGCUCAGUAAGCAAAAAACUUGCUAUACAAGGUCUCUUCAAGGACCAUCCAGACACAAAGUCCUACUUCAGUCAUAUGGACGUGACUCCCGGCAGUCUGGAUCUGAAGACACAUGGAGGGAAGAUCAUGGACGCCACUUAUGAUGCACUGAAGAACUACGGAAAUCUUCAUGAGAACUUGGCCAAACUCCGGGAGCUGCACACGACAAAGCUGAAACUCAAUGUGGACACCAUCAAGCUCCUGUGUACGUCUCUGGUGCCGGUCAUAGUCAAGCAUUGCUCUACAGCCGACAGCUCUGCCUGUGAGAAGUUCCUCAAUGAAGUUGCUAAAAACCUGAUUGAGGCCUAAAUGAAGAAGCUGAAGACCAGGAGGAUGUGUACCAGGAAUAUCUAUGUUCUGUCAUGAUUCGUAUAAUAAAUAUUUGC